AUGGAUAUACUGAAGAAGGGAAAUGAGUCGGACAAGUUUACGAAGAUAGAGACGGAGUCUACAAUGAUACCGACUGGGCUAGAAAGAUCAGACAAAUCAGAGUCGCUGAUUAGAAGAAUGAAGGACUCCUUCAAGCAAAGUAAUUUACAUGUCAUACCGGAAGAUCUUGAAAACAGCGAGCAAACUGAACAGGAAAAAAUUCAGUGGAAGCUAGCCUCUCAACCUUACCAAAAAGUCUUGAGCCAGAGGCACUUGACCAUGAUUGCCAUAGGUGGCACUUUGGGAACUGGGCUUUUCAUCGGUUUGGGUUACUCUUUGGCUUCCGGGCCGGCCGCUUUGUUAAUUGGGUUUUUGAUAGUGGGUACUUCUAUGUUCUGUGUCGUCCAGAGUGCUGCAGAACUCUCCUGCCAGUUCCCGGUUUCUGGCUCAUAUGCUACACAUGUUAGUAGGUUUAUAGAUGAAUCCGUUGGGUUUACUGUGGCUACAAACUAUGCUCUGGCCUGGUUGAUUUCCUUCCCGAGCGAGUUAAUUGGUUGUUCACUUACGAUCUCCUAUUGGAAUCAAACCGUCAAUCCUGCGGUUUGGGUGGCUAUUUUUUAUACUUUCAUCAUGGUGCUGAAUUUGUUUGGCGUGAAGGGCUUUGCUGAGACAGAAUUUGCCUUGUCGAUUAUAAAAGUCGUUGCUAUAAUCAUCUUUAUCAUCAUUGGCAUCGUUCUGAUUGCCGGAGGAGGGCCGAAUUCCACCGGAUAUAUUGGAACUAAAUACUGGCACAACCCAGGCGCCUUCGCGAAGCCGGUCUUCAAGAAUCUGUGUAACACUUUUGUUUCCGCUGCCUUUUCCUUCGGUGGCAGUGAAUUAGUGUUGCUGACUAGUACAGAAUCCAAAGAUAUUUCAGCCAUAUCCCGUGCUGCCAAAGGUACGUUCUGGAGAAUCGCGAUUUUUUACAUUACGACCGUCGUCAUUAUUGGGUGCCUGGUGCCUUACAACGAUAGUAGACUGCUCAGUGGUUCGACUAGUGAGGACAUUUCUGCCUCCCCCUUUGUUAUCGCUUUGCGUAACACAGGAUCGAUGGGCGCUAAGGUGUCCAACUUCAUGAACGUUGUUAUCCUUGUUGCAGUGGUGUCUGUUUGCAAUUCUUGCGUUUAUGCUUCUUCAAGACUAAUUCAGGCUCUAGGCGCCUCUGGCCAACUUCCGUCAGUCUGCUCUUAUAUGGACAGAAAGGGACGUCCUUUAGUGGGGAUUGGCAUUAGCGGUGCGUUUGGUCUCUUAGGGUUCCUGGUCGCCUCAAACAAGGAGGACGAGGUCUUUACAUGGCUUUUCGCCCUGUGCUCCAUUUCGUCAUUUUUCACCUGGUUCUGUAUUUGCCUGUCGCAAGUUAGGUUCAGAAUGGCUUUGAAAACUCAGGGUAGGUCCAAGGACGAAAUAGCUUACAAGUCUAUACUAGGUGUUUAUGGGGGGGUUUUAGGCUGUGUGCUGAAUGCCUUGUUAAUAGCAGGCGAAGUAUAUGUAUCAGCCGCACCAGUCGGCAGUCCUAGUUCCGCUAAAGCUUUUUUUGAGUACUGUUUAAGUAUUCCGAUCAUGAUUGUUGUGUAUAUUGCACACAGAAUCUAUCGAAAAGACCGGAGACGUUGGUACAUCAAGAGAAGCGAGAUCGAUCUCGAUACCGGUUGUUCUGUGGAGAAUCUAGAACUUUUCAAGGCACAAAAAGAAGCAGAGAAACAACUUAUUGCUUCUAAACCGUUCUAUUACAAAAUCUACAGGUUUUGGUGUUAG